AUGGUGGAACCUUUCUAUAAGAUUACUACAGCUCCGGAUCAUGCUUUCAAGCACUCUAUGAUAAUAAGGCAUUGGGAAUCACAGUACUCUGCUAUCGAAUGGAGCUCAAUUGGCUGUGAUGUGGAAAGGGAGUCUGAAUCACAUACUGAAGCAAUGGCCCUACUCUGGGAACUUGAAAUGCAGAGAGCUUUGAAAAAGCCGAGAGAAGCACAUUUUGGCCAAAAAGCUUGCAAUAUUCAAAAGACCAUUAGCCAAAAGACUAGAGGAAGAUUCCCCAAGGGCUCUCCCUACGCAAGGCCCCUUAAUAGACACCGGAAUUUUUCUCACCUCACACGCUUUGAUGAUUACAUUCACAAAAUCCAGAUUUGGAAGCAGUCCUCUUGGUCCGCCUAUGGCAAGAACAUUUCAUGA